AUGGAGGAGAAGCUCUGGGAGUGGGAUAAUGCUUAUAAUGAGAGCCAAAAGUUGUUGCAGUCUCUCCAAAAAGAUGAGAAAAUGGGAGGAAAAGAUGAGAAAGAGGUGUUAGAGCUCACCGAGAAGGCAGUGUCUACUUCUGGCGUCUAUUUCGAACGCGUCAUGGAACAUGUCCUCUUCCUUUACCCUAAUCUUGGUUUGAGCCCCGUGAACUUUCUCAAAGUCGUUGGUGGUGACAAAUUGGUGGAUGAAGAGGUAAUAGUCUCUCUGAAGCUUAGGAAUCCCGCCUCUGUCGAGACUGCUCAACGUGAUUCCCUCAAUUCAAUUAGUUUCCUAAUUAUCAUGAUAAAUUUACAAAAAAAUACACACAAUUUUCACUAUGUAACCCAUUUCACUCAACUACAACCCUCAAUAUCUAUUUAG